AUGGAAUUCACCAUGGAAUCCUGGGUCAAGGAGAUCGUCGCUUUGGAGAAAGGAGGAGACGACGAGGACUUUCCGGCUUGGAAAGAGAAGAUGUUCCAGUUGUCCAACCCGACAGCUAUGGGAGAUCCUCCCGACAAAAUCUUGAAGCGGCUCAACACAGCGCGGCUCUACAUGAGCAGAGACGACUGCAUCGUACGCGACCACAUAGUCAAGUGGCUUACGAACAAGCGAGAUGUCACACCGGAAGCAGCGUUACCGACAUGGCUGCACGCCCUCCUUAGGCUCAUGAACGACGACGACGUCUGUGAGCUUUUACCUCCCACCGAGACCGCCGCGAUCAAGAUCGAGAUCGAUAUCGACAUCGUGCGAACGGUCCUGAACACACCUUUCGAAGACAAGAGAUCGAUCGAGCAGAUCCUGGAAGCUGCCUGGACUGCCGCCAUCACCACCUCUUCCGCCGCUUUAGGGGAGCCUAAACAGCGGCUUCUUCCCUUGGAGGAGGAUUUUUCCAGGCCAUACGUCGGUUCGGCCGAUCAGAUACUUCACGGGGUGCUCAGCGCUUUCAGUGCAAACAAGGAAAGCUAUGCAGCCGUAUUUCCUAUACUACAGAGCUCUGGCGUGGGGAAGACUCGCACGGUCGUCAAGCUGACCGACCACGCUCCCGGUAUCCUGCUAUGCAUCAGGGAGCCUGAGGCUCCGAACUGGUUUUCUUCCUUGCCCGAGCAAGACAAGCCUAUCUACGAAUUUCUCAAACUCCCGUAUCCAACCACGCCGAAAGCGCUGGCUAAGAAACGCGAAUCUCGGUGGAUCGAGUGGAGCAAGCACCUUCGAUUCGCAUCGUUACUGGCAGCGACGGUUCGGCUGUUCCGAGAGCGUUUCAACGAAACUGUGAAAACAUUGAAGAUAUCUGCGGCCAAACCGAACAAUUACGAGUGGUCUCGGAUCGUCGAGCGACUGCGCUCCGAGUUCACUGACGGCAUCGUUGCUGGCUAUCGCAGCCCCACUUCCACCUCCCAUACUAAUCCAAAGCUAGAUGAGUCUUCGAACAUGUCUGAAACCUCGAAGGUCGCCUCACCGAGUCGGUCAUCGUUGAUCAGAAGCAUCGCCAUGCUCGCACAGGAGUUCGAAGCGGGCAGCGGAAAGUUUGGAUACAUCGAGCCUCCUGCCGAAGUCUACUUCAACGCAGGAGAAGCCCAUUUUCGCAUUUCGGUCAUGAGAGCGCUCGCGCCUUUAGUCGCGAGUAUCGAGGAGAAUCUUGAAGCGACUUCCGCUUCCGAGCCUUUCCGCUAUUUCCACGUAGCUUUGGACGAGUUCGAUGGCUUCUCGGAUCUGCUCACCCCUGCCUCACGGGUGAUGAGCCUUUUGACCGAUUCUCCGUUGCGACUAUUGCUUAUAGGCAUGAACACUAAACUAGCCCACGUGACGAGACCAACGGUCGUACCUUCCUCUUUCCGGAUGACGACGGGCGAGAAACGUCCUUGCCAGCCGCACUUGGUGAUCUCGCAUGACAUCCAACUUAUACAGGAGGACACGUACCAACAUUAUCGCGCAUUCCUUCAAGGAGAGAAGCAGCUUACGCACAGCGAGAUGCUCGACCUGAUACGCUACAUGGGUCGACCCCUCUGGAAUGGUAAGGUCUAUCAAGCUGGACAGGGUGACGACUCGAGCGUUGCUGGUAUAGGCUUGAGCCAUGUUGUGAGGAAGAUGGGCUGCAAGCCGGAAGCCGACGAGAAUGAGAUUCUGGCACUCGCAAUGUCGCGUUUGCCUUUGCAUGUUGUUGGGCUCCAAGGUUUGGAAAAUACUGAAAGCUUUAUUCAAACUCAAAUUACGCAGCACCUCCGCUGUAUCACCGGAUUCGCCUCCCAUGGAGAUAUCGUAUACACCAAUGUCCCUUCGGAACCCAUCAUGAGUCUUGCAGCGGCCUGGCGACAACGGACACAACUGUACGGUUCACCGGGAGAAUCUCUGAAGGCACCAUUCUCUUACUGGAAAGCAGCCAUUCACUCCAUACGGAACAACCAGCAAACUGGCGUUCUUAAUAUAGGAGAGAACGGUGAGACGUACAUCUGGUUGAUCAUGAUGAUCGCAAUCGAUGCAGUAGCAAGCCAGUUGCCGGUCGACCCUACGCGUCCUUCUCACCCUCAACAAGUGAACCUGAUCAAUCUGGGUUGUUUUCUCGAUUCGCUCUAUGGCAAGCAUCCGCUUCCUCAGAUAUACGAAGAAAGGAAAGCGCAGUCAUGGAUCAACGUGACUCACUUCGUGCGGUUGGGUCGAAAAUUCACCCGCGAAAAACCGUUGAGGAAGCGGCAUCUCCUCGAAUUAUUUUCACGUGAAGCUGCAGCGGUCGGCAUCAACAACCAAGGUGGCUGGGAUAUCCUCUUUGCAGCGUAUCUCGGUGGGAUCAAGAGGCCCGGUCCAAAUGACAAGGUCGACCCUUCCAAGCUGUGGUUCGUGCUCGUCCAAAUCAAGGUGGAUGACAGAGUAGGAUUGGCGGCUAUGCAAAACAUCGACUUUGCAAAGACCAUCGAUCCGGACCCCUCGGCUUUGAGCUUGUGUCUCUUCUUCAAUCUGGCUUUACCCGACUGGACCGAAUAUCAUGAGAAGGGCAAUAUGCUUAGCGUUUUCCUCGGCGGCAGGGCGGAAGACCGAUUUCCCAUGAUCCGAUUGUUUGAUGAACCUACUCGCCAAGCCUUGAAAGGCUUCAUAGGCUAUGCUGCUACGGUCUCGAAGCCAAAAAACGUUGGGAAACCUCAAGCAGAGCUUGAAUACCGUUUCAGGCUCGGUAGCUACGGCAUGUUUGCCGAUCAUACCUCUCAACCUAGCAGCUCGACCAAGGCUACACAGGAUCAGGCCGCCAACACCGGCCAGACAGAGGCUGGUGAGGAGUCAGCCGAAGACGUAAAGAUGACUGACAAUUCGCGUAGCAUCUCGGACGACGAUUCUGCGAUGUCUAUGGAGGAGGACACUUCCGAUGCUGAGUCGGUCAUGGGAUAG